UCUCUACCUUUGGGGCUCAGUUUUGCCAUUUUCUUCUUACUCGAGUUCUUGGUAUCAAACCCGAAAAUUGCUCUUGCUCGUAAAGGGCAGAAGGUCAUAGCCCGCCAUGGAAUUGUGGCUACUGACGAAACAGAAUGCUCGAAAAUCGGACGCGUUAUACUUCAACGAGGAGGCCAUGCCGUUGAUGCUGCUGUGGGGGCCGCACUCUGUCUGGGGGUCGUUAGCCCGUCCUUCAAUGGCCUUGAGGAAAUGCUUGUUCGGGACCUUUCGAAGUGGAAAACUGGUCCUCUGUCGAUAGCUGUGCCGGAACAGCUUGACGGGCUCUACACAGCCCACAGAAAAUACGGAAAGCUUCUAUGGGAAUCAAUCGUGAGGCCAGUCGAGAAUCUUGCCCGUGACGGUUUCAAUGUUUCGGAAUCUUUCUUCAUGUCAUUGUCCCAUGCAAAAUCAGUUGUCAUGGCUGACAAGGAGCUUCGCAGAACAUUCGCCCCAAAUGGGGAGCUUUUGUUUCUGCCCAAACUCGUCCAAAUGACAAAAUUGGCAAACACAUUGGAAGCCAUAGCGAAAUGGGGAAUGAACAUUUUCUACAAUGGGUCCAUGGGAGAGACCCUGGCCAAAGAAAUUCAGAAGUUUGGUGGAAUAAUUACGAAAGAAGACUUUCAAAAAUAUCGGGUUGUUCAACGGAGACCUUUGGUGGCCCGAGUGAUGGGUUACGAAUUAGUGACGGUGCCACCUCCUGCUUCAGCUCGUAAGUUUGUUUUCUUUUACGUAGUUUUUUUCGAUGCUACUAGCAUUCCCAUGUCGUUGGCUAUGCAUCGCCUUGUUGAGGCAUUGAAAUACGCCCUGGCUCGGAGGAUGGAUCUUGGAGAUCCUGCAUUUGUGAAUGUCACUUGCGUCUUGAAAAACAUGAUAUCUACAAGAUAUGCCCGGAAGUUGAAAAAUCUUAUAUACGACAACAAAACAUUUGAUCCUGUUCAUUAUGGUGGAGUUCGGUGCACGAUCACGGGACAACUCAUAUUUGUGUCGUGGAUGAUAAACGAUGGAAAGGUAAAGGCAGUGAUAGGUGCAGCCGGAGGUUUGUUAAUACCCGAUGCUGUGACUCAGGUGCUAAUGAAUCACCUAAAAUAUAGAAUGGAUACUUCUAGUGCAGUCAAGGCUGCAAGAUUUUACCACAAGCUAAAUCCGAAUGUGCUCUACCUUGAGAACUACAGAUCAAGAUUUGGGGAUUACUAUGGAUAUAAUUCCAGCAUACAGGCCGAGUUGAGACAAAAGGGCCAUGUCUUGGAAGGGGCCUGUCGUUGGCCAUCGUGCCAAUUGGUGAUUCAAAUGUUUAAGGGUGCGAAUGCUGGCAAGCUCGUUGCUGUUACUGACCCGAGAAAAGGUGGGUUGCUAGCUGGGAAUGAAGAAUCAGAUUGUCUAGAGGCUGGCUGUUUGCUAUUUUCUCCAUUUCGUACACUCAACAAGGCUUUAAAUGAUAUGAUGGAAAACAUAACUGAGGGCAAGUAUCUUUCUCCUUCAGCUUUUUGCCUCUUCUUACUCCUGCUGUUUUCAUCGAGUCUCAAAACGGCCCAUGCUUCUGUUGACGGGAGUGUCGUGGCACGACGUGGCGUAGUGGCCACCGAUGAAACUUUGUGCUCGAUAAUCGGACGGGCUGCUCUCUAUCAAGGCGGACAUGCUGUCGAUGCAGCAGUGGCCUCCGCAUUUUGCCUAGGUGUCAUCAGCCCGUCUUACAGUGGUAUUGGCGGCGGAGGAUUUAUGCUCGUCCGCUCGUCAGACGGAAAAUCAGAAGUAUACGACAUGCGAGAAAUGGCUCCUCAACGAGCUUCCAAGGACAUGUUUCGUAGUGAUUACGCGAAGCAGCAGAUCGGACCUCUAUCCAUAGCCGUUCCGGGACAAGUCGCGGGCCUUUACAAAGCCCACUCGAAAUACGGGAAACUCAAAUGGGAAUCGCUCGUGAAGCCAGCCGAGAAUCUCGCGCGCAACGGCUUCAACAUCUCGGAUUCAUUCUUCAGGUCCCUGAAGGGCUCUGAGCAGUUCAUUUUAGCCGAUCAAGGGCUCCGAGCCAUUUUCGCGCCAAAAGGGAAGCUCCUUCCCUUGGGAAGCACUGUACGUCUCGUGAAGCUGGCAAACACGCUGGCAGCCAUAUCGAAAAACGGGCCGAACGCAUUUUACAACGGGCCGAUUGCAAGGAGUUUGGCCGGAGACAUUCAGGCGGCCGGUGGGAUUGUUACGCCGGAGGAUUUUCAGAGGUAUCGGGUUUUGAUUAGGUCACCUUUGGUCGCUAACACGAUGGGUUAUCAGUUUGUUACGGCCCCUCCACCUGCUUCGGGUGGUGCCGUCAUGAUUCUCAUUCUGAAGAUUCUUUCGAACUAUAACAUGGCUGGUGUACACAUCACCUUGGUGAUUCAUCGUUUGAUCGAGGCGCUGAAAUUCGCGCUUGCUCUGAGGACGAAUUUCGGAGAUCCCGAUUUUGUGAAUGUCACCAGUACAUUGACAACCAUGAUCUCGACGAGUCAUGCGCAAAAGUUGAAGAGCUUGAUAAAUGACAAUAAAACAUUUGAUCCGGCUCAUUAUGGCAGCAAGUGGGGUCAGGUAUACGAUCACGGCACGACUCAUGCAUGUGUCGUGGAUGGAAAACGUAAUGUUGUUAGCAUGACGAUGAGUCUAAACUCUCACUUUGGUUCAAAAUUCGUGUCACCAAGUACCGGUAUUUUUCUCAAUAACCAAAUGUAUGAUUUCUCAAUCCCAAAUCGAGGCACCCCACCACCAUCACCUGCGAAUUUUAUUCAACCGUAUAAGAGGCCUUUGUCUUCCAUGGCGCCUACCAUUAUUCUCAAGGCAAGAAAUUCUCACCUCAAAUAUAUUCCUUUGUUUGUUUACGGAACACAGGUGAAAGCGGUCAUAGGGGCUGCCGGGGGAUUGAUGAUACCUAAUGCAGUCACUGAAGUAUUGGUAAAUUACUUACAUCUACGCAUAAAUCCACUUGAUGCCGUUCUUGCCCCAAGAUUUUAUCACAUGCUAUAUCCGAACGUGCUUUACCAUGAGGAGUACAGCUCUGCAGGGAGUGAUAAGUACUCGUGUGGACCGGAGAUUUUGAAAAGUUUGAAAAAUAAGGGUCAUGUGCUGCAAAAGGGGCAUGGCUGGACUAUUUGCCAGUUUGUGGUUCAGAAGUUGGAGGGUCCGAAUUCCGGUCAGCUCCUGGCGGUUACUGACCAGAGGAAAGGCGGUUCUGCGGUCGGGUAUUGACGAUUAUCAUCUUUCGUUCUUUUCAAAAAUCGAGCUAUUAACAAUCAACUGUGACAGACAAUGAAAGUGAAAACUUGAAUCGCUAUAUUGUCAAUUGAAUGCAUGAUCUUGAUCUGUAUGUAAAUUGCAGACAUGUUCAUGCGAAAAUUUCAUGGUUUUGUUAUUCACUAAUUAUUAUAUGGAAAUGAAAUUUGAUUAGAGGCGAUCAGGUCUUGCUGAAGUCUUAACAUUUGACUUUCUUAAAUAUAUUAGAUCAUUAGAAUAAGUUGAGCCCUCAACCCGUUAGAUCACAAAUAAAUAUGUUUGAGGCACUAUUAUAAUUAUUGGAUACAAACCGAUUGCAUAAACACUACAAGAUUAGUCAUGUCCAUUUGGAACAUCAGCCGUGACACACGGGACGGAUUUUUCUUUUGGUGCACCAAGUUAUUGGACGUGGCCGAGGAUUUUGAUGGUGAUUGCUUUGGUGGGGCUUAUUGCUGUUGUAGCCAUAGCGACAAUAUUGUUUUUGGUCUCACGAAAAGACCACCCAACUCACAAGCUUCAUCCGCAUCCCGAGUGUCAACUCAGCCUCAACGGGACGGGAAAUCGAAUUUUACUACGAUCACGGAUGCCUUGGACGCGAGCCCCAGCUCCAACUCUAGCUCUUUCAAGAUUUGUAUUCUGGUUCGGGCAGACGAGUAUAAUGAGAUACUGAACAUCGCUGACGAAAAGAUGUAUGUAAUGCUGAUAGGAGAGGGAGCUGAGAAGACAAUAAUAACAUCAAAUUCGAGUUUAGUUAUCGGUAGCAGCAUCUUGCCAUCUGCCACACUUUGCUCGUUGUUCGAAAGGUGUACCGAUAA